UCGUCGCGCCUCCAGUGUCUCGCGGUUCAUCGAUCAGUGUGGUGUGUGUCGCGUUGUUGUUCCGGAGGAUUUUUUUUAGUGAUUUGUUCCUACGUUCGGCUUGCGCUACGUUAACGCGGAUUCUUCGCGGCCGCUUUCGUCCCGGAAUUCGUGCGCGUGCAUAAAGCCGGGCACCGCGAACGGGGCCCAUCGAGAUUACGGGAUAAAAAUGCGACUAAGGAUACACUGGAUUCUGGUGAGCACGGCCGUGGUGAUCCUCGCGGGAUGCAACGCCGCUACCGAGAAGGAACAGACCGAUACCAAGCAGAGGACGUCGGCGAGUUCGACUUACAAUACUUUCCCGGACGAUUUGUACUUGGAUGACCAGGACAUAGAAGGCUCCGGUCGAGGUGGCAGUGAUAAUCGCGACGACCUCGAAGCUUCGGGCAGUGGCCUUGGCCCUGAUGACGAGGACGGAGACGACGAUCACGAGUUUAAUGGUAAUAAUGGAUUAGAGAUCCCGAGCAAGCCGACCGAAGCGAGACCUCCAUACUUUAUCGAUGAGACAAACGUCAAAACUAAACAACAGACGACUAUCGACGCGGUAAACCGACCCGGCAACGAGGUCGACGUAAUCGAACCCUCGGGCACGGAAGACGAUCACGCUGACAAUACCGACGAGAUCCACGAAGUCUAUAUAAUGAAUCCGAAACACGAGGACCGUGCCAGCUCGUUCUUCGCGCAGCCAGGUGUACUAGCCGCUGUGAUUGGCGGCGCGGUAGUGGGCCUUCUCUGCGCGAUACUGGUGGUCAUGUUUAUCGUGUAUCGGAUGCGUAAGAAGGACGAGGGCUCGUACGCCCUGGACGAGCCGAGGAGAUCACCCGCGGCGCAGGCCUUCCCUAAGCCGGGCGCGCCCCAUCACAAUCGGGAGUUCUACGCUUGAGGCGACGGCGGCGCGAUAAUGACGACCUCGCCGAUUCCUCUCGCGAUCUCACGAUGCCAAGCCGAGUAAGGACCACCGACGAUCGACAACGCCCGCAUUCGGAAUCCCACUGAUCGAUGGUGAAAAAAAGAACGAUUACUUCGGCGAACCGCAUGGCGCGCGCGCGCCCAUAGACUCUCCCGCAAUGACGGGGCUUUUAUCGAGGAACGUCGCUCGUGGAACGUCGGCCGAUUCUCGCGGAUUCUCCCUCGGCAUCUACCGAUAUUCGCUUGCUCUUAGAUGUAACUCAUCCCCGUUACAACAUAUCCCUAUCUACCUACCUACUUUAUGCAUCCAUAUAUCCUUUGUGUUCUCCUUUCUUUCAGAAGGUAAUUUUUCACGAUUCUCCCCCGGAGCUUUUCUUCUGAUAUUUAGGCUCGCGACGACGACGACGACGUUUGCACGUACGUUUUUUGGCUGCCCGAACUCCUCUUGACUGUCGGAGACUGUAUUUUCUUACGCGCUGUACUUCAUCGUAUUUUCGAAAGAAAAGGGCGUACGCGAGUAAGAGAGUUCAAGACAAGAUGAAUUCGCGGCUUUUUUGACCGAGAGACCAUUCACAGAAUGCCGAAUUUUUUCAACUUAACGCUCCGAUUUGUCCUUAUAGCACUCUGUACAAAGAUUUACCUUUCCGUUAAAUCCUGAUGUUAACCGCACGCUCCCGUUACCCUCCUCCGAAGAUCCUUUUCAGAGUGUGAUCAUCUCGGCUGGUGAUUGGAAGCGAUGGACAGUGAACGACGAGACUACUACGGCUCUCGUAUAUAUCCUGUCGAGACAUCGUCGGCGAGGUUGCACCAAUUCCAAGAUGCAUUUACAAGCGUAUUUAGAGCGUAUAUAAAUAUAUAUGUGUAUAUAUAUAUAUAUAUAUAUAUAUAUAUAUAUAUAUAUAUAUUUACGUAUAUGUAUACAUACAUAUAUACAUGUACAGGACUGAGAGCGUGAAAAUUCGUGGGCGAUAAACGCCGUUGCUAUGUCGUUAAUCAUUCUGUCUCCCGGUGGAAGGAGGGAAGGGAAGAAGGAUCGUUGCGGCACCGUGAUUUCUCUCCGACAGCAAGAGCGGCGAGGAGUUAAGCUGCAACCUCGUCCACGUCGCUGCUAUUGCUUGUUCCUUCUUUCUUUUCUUUUUUAAAUUUACGAUAUCCACUUUUUUGAUACUGAGCGUUUAAUAUCGAGUUCGACGAAAAUUUAUAUCUAUCAGUGCACAUUCGCGUCUUAAUAAAGACGAAAAUGAUGGCGGUACUCAUCGACCGAUCGAUCAAUUGCGAAGAGAAUAAAAAAGGCGCCUAUUAUUAAAAAUACGCAUUAGUAAUCCUAGCGCGACCGUACCGACCAAUAUCUAAAUUCCAAGGAAAACAAAAAGUGCUUUGUCAUUAUGCACACACACACACACACACACACACACACACACACACACACACACACACACACACACACACACACACACACAUACGUUUCUAAGAAUUCUAUAAGUUGCGCAAGUUUGUUUAGUGAUAAGGAAUUGAUUAUGUUCGGUCAGUCCAUUGGUCGCUGGUACUGUACAUAUCGUUACGGAAUAACGAUUAUUUCUGAAACUUAUAAGAUUUUGUACGUAUUUUUGUUGUGUAAUUUCUUCUCUCAAUGUCAUUUCGUUGUAUCCUGUAGAACGUCGAAAGAUAAGAUCAAUGUUUCUAUUUUAAGAUAAUUAAUUUUAUCUUCCCAUUUUUUUUAUUGAUUUUAAUAUUCAUUUAUAGUGAAAAUUUUUCGCACAAUUUUAGCGCAAGAGAGAUAUAUCGCGAUUUUUAUAUAAAUGAGAUUCGCCAUAAUUAAACACGUGUAUAAAUUUAUAAUAAUUUGGAUCUUUGAUAUGAUAAAAUUUAUUAAUGUCAUUUGUAAAUCCCAUUUAACAUUCUCUUUUUUUUCUUUUCCUCUUCGAGAAUUAUGUAUAAAUACUAAAAGCCCCUCAUGGUAAUGGUGAUAUUUCACGAUGAUUCACAUAUUCGCCAGGCAUGUAGAAAGUUUUAUUAAAAUUCUUGUAUUGUGUAUUAAUCGCCACGCAUUUAGCAAACAAAAUGAAUUCUCAAUUAGCGUGCCAUAUUUUUAAAACAUGCGUGCUUGCGUUAUCUUCAAUACCGCGAUCGACGUUUCUAAUUUCGAGAUAAAUAUGUAGCUUUUAAAAUGUAGGAGAAAAUCCCUUUUUAAGAACCGUAAAUUUUUCUUUUUUUCUUUUUUUUUUUCAAUGCAUCUAAUGAUUUCGAACUUUAGAUGAACAGAAGCUCGAGCUAGAGUCCAGAUAAGAAUAUUGACAAUGGGAUAGUACACACCCUCCUUCCACCUAAGAUAAAACAUCCAUUUUUAUUAUCAAGGGCAGUCCCAAUGCUGAUAAAUCUUCGAUACGCCCGUCUUGUUCGUCUCGUCGUCAAAACUUUCAACGACGAGAAGUUGCAUUGCGAGAGGCACAAUCACGUACGACACGUGGUUUCUGUCCCGAGAGCGAUAUGAUAGUGCACACGCCUUAGUACGAUUAAAAAUGAUGCCAUAAUGUCACAUUAGAAAGCGAAAGGGAGCAUGCGAAAAGCGAUACAAAUCUGUAACCGAAUUUCUUUUUCAGCUGUGUCACGCGAUUCAUCUGUGCAUCGCAAAGUUUAUUAACGUUUUCUCUCUUUCUCUCUAUUUUUGCAAUAUUUCCUUUUUUGUCUUUUCUAUAUGUUUAUCUCUCUCUUUUUCUCUUAAAAAUUUUUUUCUUUAUUCUAUAUUAAUAUCUCUUCUGAAUCUCUUCUUGAAUCUCUUCUCGUAACAAUACGAGCGUCGUUUUUUCGCAGAAUCCAACUCCGUUACGGAAGAUUAGACGCGUUGGAAGUAAUUAAAAGUAUAUCAUGCCAAUACUGCCAUAUACUACGUAAGGAACUGCGAUUUGGUACGAAACUCCCACGGAUCCGCCUUAUUAUCACAUUGCAUUCUCACUUCACAGCACAUUAUUCUUAUCCUGCAUGGUAAUCGCUUCCUCCAUCAUCCUUUAAGUUUUCGUCUUUUCGUUUCUCUUCAGCUGAUUCGCGCUUCUUACGUAUGAAUGUGCUGAUACUAUAAAAAGUGUAUAAAGUCUACUAAACGCCUUAUUUUAUUACCGAGAAUAAUGCGAUUCUCCUCUCACAUCCACGGCGAACUUGUCGCGUUCUACGACGAUUUAUCUUUGUUGGACAUAUGUCACAGUUUUAAUGGAUAAUUUCUCUUCCGCAUAUCAUGUAUGUGACAAUUUUAUUUAUUUAUAUUUCAAUCAAUAGUGUUAAAAACACUAAGUAUGUAAAGAAAGAUUUGUUAAUCAAGAUUUUUUACUUACGCUUUUAGAAGAAUAAAUUUUAUCAAAUUUUUAUGGAUUUAGUUUGUAUCAAAAGAUUUGUUUUAGUUCAUCUAAAUUUGAUACAUAGAUAUCAACUGAAAAGAACAUUUGUAAUCAUAAUUAGAUAUAAUGUCGAUUAUACGAUCAAAGAAAUAUUCUUAUAUUUUUUCGUAAUAUUUUUCAUAGGUCAUUUUAAUUGGUAAUCAUUUUUCUCAUUGUAUAUUUUUCUUCGAUUUCUUUUAAAUCAAUUGAAUUUUAUCAAUAUUUUACAUCAAUUUUCUAUAGAUCCAAUUUUCUAAAAACACACGUUUUACAACACACUUUUAUCUUUAAUAUUCUUUCCUUUCUCUGUCAUCUUUUUCCCGCUCGGUAAUCUCUUAUUUCAUUUAUACCGUGCGAAAUAAAUGAGGGAAGACAUUAGAAAUUGGGGCUCGUAAUCUCUAUUGUAAUAAUAAUCAUACAUGAUAUAGAUGAAAUUGUUCGUUAGAUAGUAAUUAAUUGACCGCUUGGUGUGCCUCUGCCCUCGGCUUUACUAGUGUCACCAUGCGGCCAAUUAACAUUCGAAAGGCGAAGGUGGGAAAAAAAAUUAAUUGUAAUGAAAUCAUAUUUUAUAAGAAGAACGUAAUUCCAUAAGAUCAUUAUAGCAAUGAAAAGUCUGUCUAACGCUAGAGACAAGAAAAAGCCCAUAGGCCAGAUGGACGAAUGAAAAUAAUUUUAAAAGUGAAUAUAUAUAAUUAAUAUUUAAUAUAAUAAUGAUAAUAUUAACAAUGUUAUUUUUUAAGUGUAAGUAUCGUCGUUCCAAAAACCACCACCUUUCUCCUCCUGCUCCUCAUCCUUCUCCUAUUGUUCCCUAUACCGAUCUAUACUACAUAUAUGUGUAUAUAUCUCCGUCUAUGCACGAACCCACAAAAUACGUAUAUACAUGUAUAUGUACUUAUAUAUAAAUAUAUAGAUAUAUAUACUCGCUCGCAAUUGCGGUAAAGCGUUUGUUUCGGUUUUUCAUCAAAAUAUUCUUAAUCUUGCGCGCUUCAGCGUUUGUUCUCCUUGCUCCGAAAUUUAGUCUAUUUGCGUAAUCGCACGAUGACAAAUCAAGAUAUAAAUAAUUUUCAACAAGUAUGAAAUAUUCGUGUUAUCGCUAUUGCGGGUACUUAUAUUACGUUAUUCUUAAUUAACGGAAAAAUUAAUAAUUGCACUACAUUAGUAUAAUAACAAACAAUAAUGUAUGUCGUCGCUCUUAUUCUGUAAAUAAAUACUGUACCGUCUAAGGAAACGCAUUGGGAAACUUCUUCGAGAUAUGAGCGUCUCGCUUCCAUUUGAUUCGUAGAUUUUAUAGGAAUUUUAUAGAGCCAUACGCCAGGAUAUAACAGGAAGAUUAUUUAAUUUUAUUUGCAUACGAAAAUACAGUAUAUGUAUUGGCGCCUUCGAGAUACAUGUUAAAUUGCCAUGAUAUUUGAGCACCAUUGCGAAGGUAAAUCUGUAUAUAAAUACAUACUCGGACAUUUAACUGUAAAACUUA